UAUUAUUCACCAACUUUAGUAAAUUUAUAGUAAAAAUUAUGAAGCUAAAACUCUUUCUAACACUGUGUAUCGAAUUGUAAAGAUAAUUGUGUCAUACUUAAUGGAUUAAGGCGAGAAAUCUAAAAAGAAAAUAUUCGUUUUUAAUAGUUUAUUAAUCUUUUCACCAAAAUCUGUCUUAAUCCAGAGUAUUCAGUUUUUAAACUCUUUUCCCCCUUUUUAUCUCAGAACGCCCUAUUCAGAUAAAAAAUAAUUAGCUGACACAAAACAACUGACAGCUUCACAUGCCCAGAAGCCAAAAUCACUACAGCAAACAUAAGACGAGGAUCAUCAACGGCGUGAUAGCUCAGAGGUCAUCACGACUCCGUGGGCUAGAUGGUCAUCAGGAGGCUUCUGGAACGUUCGCCUUCGGAGGCCGCGCUCUUCAAGAUGACAGCCAUACGAAAACGGGUCAUUUUGGUAUUCUUCUGCCUAUUUAUCCUCCUCUGCAAGAAGUUCUACCUUGACGAAAAGUACAGGCCCGAGACGGGACGCGUUCCCGAUGAAGUUGAAGGCAUUUGUGAAAACCCACUCGAAGCCGGUGACCACUGUUUCUGCAAGCUGAAAGGGCAAAUCGAUGACUGCAGCUGCAAAGUGGACACCGUAGACUACUUCAACAAUGUGAAGAUAUUCCCAAGGCUCCUGAGCCUCCUGCGUAGGGACUAUUUUCGUUUUUACAAGGUCAAUCUUAAUAAGGCCUGCCCUUUCUGGUCGGACGACAGCAUGUGUGCUUUGAAGUUCUGCAAUGUCAAGCCGUGCAAAGAGGAAGAGAUACCGCCUGGAUUGAAAGGUGUUGAUAAUCAUUAUAAUGAAGAUAUGCACGUCAAGUAUCUCGAAUCGUCGCAAAAUCCCCAAGAGUCCGAAUGUAAUUCGGACUCGGUCGACGAACUCGGCUACUUGAACAUGACGAUAAGCGCAUCGGCUGCGAAGGAUUUUGAACUUUGGAACGCUCACGAUACGGCGCAAGACAACUUCUGUACAAUGCCGGACGAUGGGAGCGACGCCCAGUACGUCGACCUUAUGCUGAACCCAGAGCGGUACACCGGUUACAAAGGCGACUCGGCGCAUCGCAUCUGGCGUAGCAUCUACAUGGAAAACUGUUUCCGGCCUAAGAACAGUUACGCCGAGUACAUACCAUCUUCCAAGUUAAACGGUCUCUGCUUGGAAAAACGAGCUUUUUAUAGGGUCAUCUCUGGUUUGCAUGCUAGCAUAAACAUUCAUUUAAGUGCAAACUAUUUAUUCACAGACAAAUUGGCUUUCAGUCUGACAAAAAGCAGCGAAGGCGAUCACUGGGGCCAUAACUUGGAAGAGUUCAAGCGACGGUUCAGUCCUGAACAGACAUCCCUCGAGGGUCCUCAGUGGCUCAAGAACCUGUACUUCUUAUACCUGCUUGAACUGAGGGCUGUAGCCAAGGCGGCACCGUAUUUGUCAAACGACCUUUACUAUACGGGCAAUAGCAUGGAGGACGCAGACACUCGUACUGCCAUUAAGGAUUUCCUCCAAGUUGUCAGUUCUUUUCCAGACCAUUUUAACGAACGCAGCAUGUUUUCUGGUGGUCAGCAAGCGGCCAAGCUGAAAGAAGAGUUCCGCCUUCAUUUUCACAACAUUUCCAGAAUAAUGGACUGCGUGGGCUGUGAAAAGUGCAAACUAUGGGGGAAAUUACAGGUUCAAGGCUUGGGGACGGCCCUAAAGAUACUCUUUUCGAAAAAGUUCGACAGCAUCAAUCCUCUCAAUGUCGAGAAGUAUAGAAACAACAAAACUUUCCAUCUCGAAAGAAGCGAAAUUGUUUCCCUGUUUAAUGCACUCGGAAGGUUAUCGACGAGCAUACACGAGAUUGAAAAUUUUCGGAGAAUGAUGAGAUAACAGAAAUAAUGAUUGAACGUCCGUGUUGGAGAAAAAGAAAAAAAAAAAACCCCAGACAUCACUAAAA